AUGUACCUUUGUGAUAAAGCAAAGCAUGCUGGAUGGCUUUGCUUCCCUGUUCUGCGUCGUGCAGGUGCAGAUAGACGCCCAGUUCUCCCGACCAUGUUUCUUCAAGCCAUGCUUACAAGGAAAGGCUGUCUAUAUGGAUAUGCCAAUGCAGACAUAUUAUUCGAUGAAAGUCUGGCGUAUUCAUUGGAGUCUGUAUUGUCCAGCAAGGUGCUGGAAGAAAGUGCUUUAGAUGAUCAGCCUUUGUUCGUAACUUCCCGAAGGACACGGGUCAAAAACGUGACACGCAGCGACGCUGUGGAUCUUGUGGCUCUGCGGAAGAAAUGUGAAGAGAAAGGCGUCAUGGACACAGAAUGGGCUGAAGAUGUUUUCAUAACUUCUUCAAAUUUUCCUUGGAUUACAUUGCCGGAUGUAGUCAUAGGUUUAGCAUCGUACGACAACUGGUUAGUACUACGGGCGAACGAGUUAAGCAGGAGGACAGUAGAUAUAUUCGAGACAACAUUGGUUGUUCAUCAGUCCACAGAAACGGAUGAUUUGGACAGAGUUCGCAAAGUCGACUUUUAUAACAGGAGACUCAUAACAAACAUGUAUGGAGCGUAUAAUGAUCAAAGAGGUAGACUUCUAUGUACAUAUUUUAUAAGCAACUAA